AUGAACAGCCUGGCUGUGGUAGUCUGCGCCCUCGUCGGCACCACCCUUGCCGGGGGUUAUGGCGGCUUGGGCCUUGGUGGCGGUGGACUUGCUCUCGGCGGAGGUGGCCUCGGAGGAUAUGGCCUCGGCGGAGGAGGAGGUUUCGGAGGUGGAGGCUUUGGUGUCGGAAGCAGCGUCGUUCUUCUUGGUGGAGGCGGUGCCGGUGCAUCCAAAUCUAUUGCCGGACCCUCGUUCCUGGUGAAGACAGUACACCACGUGUCAAAGCUGCAUGGCGGUGGCGCCGUGCUCGCCCACACUGGACUCGGCGGCGGCUUUGGCGGGGGCGGCGGUGGACUCGCCUUGGGCGGAGGCGGCCUCGGAGGAGGAUUCGGUGGUUACGGCCUCGGAGGAGGACACGGAGGAGGCUAUGGCGGUGGCAAAGUAUUGCUCCUCAAGGGCGGCUACCACUAAGUUUGUUCGAGUAAGCGUUUGGAAAUAAGUAUACACGCAUA